AUGCCAGACCGCAUGGGCAAUCUUGGACAGAGCUUGAGACAGCUGAACUGGGAGGAGGAACAGCUAGUGAACAUUCAGAAGAAUUUCUAUAGCGAGCAUCCUGAAGUGUCGUCGAUGACUGCAGAGCAGGUGGCGGCAGCUUACAAGGAGCUGAAUGCCAACGUAGAAGGCCGCAAGCCGCAUCCUAGGCCUGUUAUGUCUUUUGGUCACCUGAGUCUUGCGGAGGACCUAGUGCAUACGGUGCGCAGCACUUUCGACAGCCCAACACCUAUUCAGUCAAUGGGCUGGCCAACGGCGCUCUCUGGACGGGAUAUGGUAGGAAUUGCGCAAACUGGUAGUGGCAAGACGCUGGCUUACUUGUUGCCGGCAUUGGUCCACAUUACGGCGCAACCUGCACUGAGACCAGGCGAUGGUCCAGUUGGGUUGGUCCUGGCACCCACGCGCGAGCUUGCCAAUCAGAUUCAUUCAGAGGUCAUGCGGUUCACAGAAGGCUCCAGAAUACGGAGCACCGCUGUCUUCGGGGGCGUCCCCAGAUAUGGACAGGCCUCAGACCUACGACGAGGAGUGGAGAUCCUCAUUGCAACUCCUGGCCGGUUGCUGGAUUUUCUGGAGGCUGGCACUACAAAUCUCAAGCGAGUUACCUACCUGACGCUGGACGAGGCAGACAGGAUGCUCGACAUGGGAUUCGAGCCUCAGAUUCGAAAAGUGCUGGCGCUCAGUGUUCGUGGUAUCGACCGAAAUGUCGUGCGUCGGUUCGUGGGCGUUGCAUCAGAUGAGACAAAGGUGCUUGUCUUCACCGAGUGGUCCUGGCCUGUUUGUUUGCGAGAGCUUCUGAGCGCCUUCCUUGAUGCGUACCAGAAUUUGCCGGCCAAUGCUAUUCAUGGUGACAAGGAGCAAAGACAGCGCGACAAAACUCUUUUCGAUUUCAAGACGGGACGCUGCAACAUCCUGAUUGCAACGGACGUUGCUCAAAGGGGCCUAGACAUCAAGGAUGUGGCGUAUGUAGUCAACUAUGCCGGCCACCCAGACGUGGCUUCUCUUUCCUUUCGCCGAGAUCCGUUGCCCUCAUGCUAUUGCCCUAAACAUCCCUUUGAGAAUUCUGUUUGUUCAUUACCAGCCGUUGAGCAGCCCGCUGAAAACGAUCGGUUUCAUAGUUCGGGGAUGAUUCUUAUCUCAUGUGUCAGCUAG